GACCUGUCAUGUCAUUGACCGACUUAUCAUAUCACACGUAAGGUUUCUAAUGGGAUUAUAUUAUUGAAUUUGGUUUUAGUUAUCAAUUACCCAGUAAAGUCAGUUAAUUAGUCGCCAAAAUGUGGCUAGACGAGGCUGAUGGCUUCGCGGAGCUCUUCAAGGGUUAUUUGCCCUACUAUUUGCUGGUAGCUCUGCCUAUUUUUAUCAUCAUGUCCCCGGUAAACCCUGUGGCGGCUUCGCACGAGUUUUCGGUCUACAGAAUGCAGCAGUACGACCUCCACACAGUCCCGCACGGUUGCAGAAGCACAAGCAUCAACCUGGAGGGCCGCUCGCUGGCAACAUGGGGUACGUCCCGGCACUGCGUGGUGGCACGCGUGCAGGACAUCAGCAUCGACCAGCUGAUGGAGAUCCGGAGCAAGGCCGGCGCGCUGCUGCUCGUUCUGCCCAAGAAUGACACGGUGCUGACUAAGGAGGAAAAGGAGCACAUCCAACUUCUAGAGAUGGCGAUGACUCAGCAAGAGUUCACGGCGCCAGUCUACUUCCUGCCCUGGUCUCCGCCAUUAGACGACAUCCUGGCGGACUUACAGCAUAGCAUCGUAAAUGAUGACAGCUCCGCCACUGCGCUGGAUGCCAUGUUGAAAGGCGUGUCGUCUAAUGGGUAUCAGAUUGUGGUGUCAGCGGGCGCGCCUCACCGGCUGGACUCGAAGCCGGUGGCUCUGCACGGGAAGCUCGAGGGCCGCUCCAGCUCGGGACCGACCAUCGUGGUGGCCGCGCAGUACGACGCCAGCGCACUUGUGCCGGACCUAGCCUACGGCGCAGACUCCACGGCCUCAGCCACAGUAGCCCUCCUAGAGCUAGCGCGCAUAUUCUCUCGCCUCUAUUCACGCGCACUCACGCGGGGAAGCGCCUCGCUGCUGUUCGCUCUGACCGGCGCCGGCGCAAGACUGAAUUAUUUUGGGACCAAGAAGUGGUUGGACGAUCAGUUGGACGCGCCUGAUGGGAAUACGCUGCAGGACAUUUCCUUCGUGAUGUGCCUAGACGCGAUAUCGGCCAGUCCAGACCUGCUGAUGCACGUAUCAAAGCCUCCUAAGCCAGGUGGCGCUACUCACAGCAUCAAGUCCCGCCUCGGCACUCCAGUCAACCACAAGAAGAUCAACUUGGCCGACGAGCUGCUGGCGUGGCAACACGAGAGAUUCAGUAUCAGGAGGAUGUCUGCGUUCACGCUUAGCACUUCUCAGAGCCACAAGGACCCGUCUCGCGGCUCGCUGCUCGACACGCCAUCUGAAGAGAAAGUGCUGAACUUGAUCACAAACAUACAGACUAUCGCGCGCGGGCUCGCCUCUCACGUCUACAACUUGACGGGGGAAGAAAGUAAAGACGAUGCCGCCUUGUUCGAGGAUGCCCUGAGUGUGGACGAGGCGUCGGUCCGGCACUGGUACAAGUACCUGUCGUCGCAGCCGCGCGCGCCGCACGUUACUAGCACGGCUACAGGGGCCGGCGUUACAGGUAUCCCAGCAGCCCUAGAACGCGCUCUCUCCCGCUACCUGGGCUCGGUGACCACCUCCCAGCAGCAGGUGGACAAGCGCGAGCCGGAGUACACCCUCUACGGACCCACAAGGGCACAGCUGCAUGUUUAUAGCGUGAAGCCAGCAGUGUUCGACCUGAUCCUCACGCUCGCCAUCAUCGCCUACCUCGGAGUAGUCUACCUGGUACUGCAACUGUUCCCGAGGUUCUACGAGGAAUAUGCUCGCCUGGUCACCGGCAAGGCUAAGGUUCAAUAGACUAUGAGGUCAGGACUUGUGGGUUUACUAUUUAUUAUAGUGUGAUCAUUACCG